AUGUUUGGGGCAAAGUUUUUCGGCAACUUCACUGUCAACCUCGAUGUUUCUUUUACAGUGGCAGCCACCAAUAACUGCUUCAAAAACGGAGCUUUGAAAGGAACCUUUUACUGUUACAGUAACACCUUCAAUGUGGAACCAGGAAGAAACGCUUCAACGGUUUGUCUAUGUUCCUUGGACCCCAAGCCAGUCACUAGUGGUGUUUUCUCUGUGACACCUUCCAACAAGUACGAGGUUGACUAUCUUGGAGAGAGCACCAAAGGGGACUUGAAUGUUAAGUUGGAGCAUCUUCAUGCUUUUGGAAUUGAUGGUCAUGCUGCAUUAGAAGGUCCAGUUGAGGAGGUGGCUAGGAUAGAGGCUAGAGAAGCUGAAGAUUUACUGCAAGACUUGGGUAUUCAGAGCCCUUCUUCAUCAAGAAAUUCACCUCGUGGAAUAUUCUGUACCCGUACAUUGAAUCUACGAUCAAUUAGUGCCAUUGGAUAUGACAUGGAUUAUACCUUGAUGCAUUAUAAUGUGAUGGCUUGGGAAGGGCGCGCUUAUGACUACUGUAUGGAAAACCUCAAGAAUAUGGGUUUCCCUGUUGAUGGACUUGCAUUUGAUCCAGACCUGGUUAUUAGAGGCCUUGUCAUAGACAAAGAGAGAGGCAAUUUGGUUAAAGCUGAUCGAUUUGGUUAUGUAAAAAGAGCCAUGCAUGGAACCAAAAUGUUAUCUACUUGUGCUGUUAGUGAGAUGUACGGGAGAGAACUGGUGGACCUGCGGCAGGAGAGUCGAUGGGAGUUUCUCAACACAUUGUUCUCUGUGUCUGAAGCUGUGGCCUACAUGCAGGUGGUUGACAGAUUCAAUGAUGGGGCUAUACCAUCAGAUCUUGGCCCCUUUGAUUAUAAAGGGCUUUAUAAGGCUGUUGGAAAAGCUCUCUUCAGGGCACAUGUAGAAGGUCGCCUGAAGAAUGAGAUUAUGUCUAACCCUGAACAGUUUGUGGAGCCUGAUCCGGAAUUGCCGUUGGUACUUUUGGAUCAAAAGGAGGCUGGCAAAAAACUUCUGCUUAUUACCAAUUCAGAUUAUCGCUAUACAAACACAAUGAUGCAGCAUGCAUUUAAUAGAUUCCUUCCCAGUGAUAUGGAUUGGCGAGAUUUAUUUGAUAUGGUAAUUGUCUCAGCACAGAAACCAGAAUUCUUCCAAAUGUUACACCCCAUGUAUGAAGUGGUGACAAGCGAGGGUCUGAUGCGUCCAUGCUUCAAGGCUCAAAUUGGCGGUUUGUACUCAGGGGGAAGUGCACAGUUGGUUGAAAAAUCCCUAAAUAUGCAUGGAGAUGAGAUAUUGUAUAUUGGUGACCAUAUUUAUACUGAUGUCAGUCAAUCCAAAGUCCAUUUGCGAUGGCGAACAGCAUUGAUUUGUCGGGAACUGGAAGAAGAGUACAGUGCCCUAAUUCGAAGCCAGAGUCAUAGACAAUCAUUGGUGGAACUUAUAAAUCAAAAGGAGGUUUUAGGUGAUCUCUUUAACCAACUUCGGCUGGCUCUGCAGAGGCGAAGUAAAUGGUGUCCUGCUCAUACCCUUGCUGCAACUAACAUGGACGACAAAAACCUUACUGAAAGCAUGCAAAAGCUACUUAUUGUUAUGCAAAGACUAGAUGAGAAAAUAGCUCCAAUGCUAGAGGCAGAUGGGGAGCUCUUCAAUAAAAGGUGGGGUUUUCUAUCACGUGCUGGUUUGUGGGAUAAAAGCCACUUGAUGAGACAAAUUGAGAAGUAUGCUGAUAUAUAUACCUCUAGGGUGUCAAAUUUUUUAUAUUACACACCCUUUAUGUAUUUCCGCUCUCAGGAACAGAACCUUGCGCAUGAUUCAUACACACACUAAUGUUCACAACUUGGUAAGUUUCCUUCAUGUGAAAAAU